UGAUCUAGCUGUUAAUAUUAUUAUAUCAAUAUAUAUAUAUGUAUAUACAUGAAACGUUCGGCUCGUUCACGACAUUCUCACUACACGACAUUUUUUUCUGACUUUUAUAUUUGGGCACUGGUUCAACUGUUGCGUCUGUGUGUUCCGACGGUCCCCGAAGGCAGCAGCAGUCCAGGGGCGGGCAGGCUCUAACCGUGCAGUAUGGCGGACGAUGGAGACAGUUCGAGCGGACCAGUUGACACGAACGGCGGGCAGGGGGCGGCGGUUGAGUCGGACGGGUUCGGCCUCGGCGGGAUGUUGCUGAAUAUCGGUAUUUUGGUGGCGGUGGUGGCGGUCUGUGUGCUGGUGUACCGGUGGUGGGGCAGGCGGCUCGUAUCCGCCGCGGCCCAGGGCGACGAGGCCUCGGCUCUUCCCAAGAUGAGGAGACGGGACUUCACGCUGGAGCAGCUGCGGGAGUAUGACGGACUCCAGAACCCCCGCAUCCUGAUGGCCGUCAACAUGAAAGUUUUCGACGUGACCAGCGGCAAAAAGAUUUACGGAAAAGCUGGUCCUUAUGGCGUUUUCGCCGGCCGGGAUGCUUCACGAGGCCUGGCCACCUUCUGCCUGGAGAAAGACGCCCUGAGGGACGUGUACGACGACCUGUCGGAUCUCACCGCUGUACAAAUGGAGAGCGUGCGGGAGUGGGAGAUGCAGUUCAUGGAGAACUACGAUUACGUCGGCAGGUUGCUGAGGCCCGGAGACGAGCCGUCGGAGUACACGGACGAGGAGGACAUCAAAGACCACCUGAAACACGACUGAGCGGUGUCCGUCCCACCGACCAAAACCAGGAGUCCAAACAGCUGCGACAGACCGCCUCUUCUUCCUCCUCCAUCCAUCCUUCCAUCCUCGCUACCUGACCCUGCUCCUCCCAAAAAAAAACCACCCACCCUCCUGAAGCUGUUCUGGUGUCGUGGCUGUUCUGGAAAGGACAGAACUCUGGAGUCUCAAAAAAAAAAAAAAAAACCUUCCUCCCUCCUCAUCCACCAACAGAGACUACAGAGAGAGAGAGAGACAGUGAGGUCGAGCCAUUUGAUUUAUCCAAACUUAACCGCGAAAUUUGUCGGGGGAAUGAGGGAGGUACAGGAGUGUGGUGACGGCCGCUGAUGCUGCUGCUGCUGCUGCUGCUGCUGCUGUUGUUGUCGGGUGGAGGCCGCUCGCAGUCGGUCAGGAGCCGAUCGGUGGAUCGGGACGGGGAAACGGAUUUCUCUUCUCUUUUUACCUGCAGUUUAGUCACAUCGCAACGGCAACACUGCUUCCGCUCUUUGGGACGGCUUAUCAAUCAGUCAGUCAAUCAGUCUGUUUUCACUUCUGAUUCUUCGAUUCUGUUCUGCGUUCAAACCAUUUUACACCCCCCUCCUCCUCCUGUCGCUCAGACGGCAGCGCUGUGGCCGAACCAAAGGUAACCGACGGUGGGGGAAGAGGGGGGCGUCGCAUUUUCCUGUUGUGUUUUUGUAGUGUAUGCACUACUAGUUUUCUUCGUUUGUCACCAUGUGAUUGUAUUUGUUGAGUAGCAACAGGGGUGGUGGGGGGCGGGGGUUGGGGCUGUUCUCGCUUUAUCUUUUUGUUUGGACGGGGGGGGUCAAUCACAUGGGACGUACAAAGGGAAGGUGAUUUAGUUUUUCGUCGUCCUAAUCAAUCGAAUCAAUUGUUUACAUGUGUCACAAGCCAGCUACGAGUCUGUAGACCCCGCCCCCAAAACCCCACCCUCUCCCUGUAAAACAAAACAAUGGUCCAAGUAUUAAUUGUGCCUUAUUUAGUUUGUUGUGUCAGUCCGAGGCUGGUGUAACAGGAAGUGAGCGAAGGUUUCGGCGCCGUCCAGGCGACUCCACCCACCCUACCCCAAGCCCCGCCCCCCUCCCCGUAUGCUUCUAGAAGGCAAACGUUGUGAUGGUCGUCCGCGCACAGAGCGACCACGUGUUACGUAGACCCCACUCCCCUCCUCCUAAACCCCACCCACCGCCCGCCAACUUCACAAACUCUGUAAAUAAACCGUCGGAAAUUACUCAGUGUUACUGCCAUAUUUAUGUAGUUGAUGACAAAACUCCGUAUACGUAUAACGCUGUGUCGUAUUUGGCCAAAAAGAAAACAAAAAAAACACAACCCCUUCUCCCCCUCUCAUGGUUUAUGUUUGUAUCUUUUCUUUUUUUCUCUCAGUUACUUUUGAAAAAAUGUGUGUGAAUUUCCAAAAAAAUUCAAUAAAUAAAUCAAUAAAAAUUAAAUAAAGUAUAUAAAAAGGAAACAAAAAAAGGAGCGUUGUGACAGUGCUGCAGGGCGGGACAAACAGGAGCAGUUUGUGCGUUGUUGUUUUUUUUUUUGUUGUUGUUUUUUUCCGGAGACGUUUGCUUAUCCUGUAAAUAUAUAUCGUAUCAUUUUAUUAAAAGCAUGUGCAACAACAAAGUGAGCUAUGCCGAAUUCCCACCACGUCAUGUAUUUAAAUGUUGGGCGUGCGCGUGUGUGUGUGAGAGUGUGUGUGUGUGUGUGCGUGUGUGUGCGUGCGUGUGUGUCAGGAAGGAAGGAAGGAAGGGAUUUAUUCAUGCAUAAUAAACUGAUUUGGUUAAUAACUGCA